AUGGAACGGCGGUGGGGGGUUGAUUAUCUGUCUGCACCUGUCGCUAAUAAUUCUCGGAUCUAUCUAUCUAUCUAUCUAUCUAUCUAUCUAUCUAUCUAUCUAUCUAUCCCCGCUCAGAUCAUUGCGCGGAGGCUAAAAGCAGCAGCUACAGCAAAACGAUUCAUUUUCACCAGAGUUUCACGAGUUCAAUUGAAUUUGUGUUACAGAAAUCGUUCCUUUGUUUCAAGAAGGCCGCAAAGUGAUCAGUGUCUAUCUAUCUAUCUAUCUAUCUAUCUAUCUAUCUAUCUAUUACAGUCCGUACAUUUCUUUCUUUCUUUCUUUCUUUCUUUCUUUCUUUCUUUCUUUUUCUUUUUUCUUUCUCAGUCUGUUCAUAUCUUAUUCUGUUCAUAUCUAUCUAUCUAUCUAUCUAUCUAUCUAUCUAUCUAUCUAUCUAUCUAUCUAUCUAUCUAUCUAUCUAUCAUUGUCUGUUCAUUAUCUAUCUAUCUAUCUAUCUAUCUCAAUUCUACAACAUUCUAA